UGUGUAUGGCUGUGACCCAGCGAUGGGACGUGCACAGCCUCAGGACUUGUGGUGGUGUAAAAGUGAUUGUGAACCCCCGUAACACAUCAGUACCCUCGGGAAAACGCUCCUUAAUUCUUCACACAGUGCCAUGCUUCGAUAAUAGGGACUGAUCGCAGAAAGGCCUAAUCCGCCCACCGUGACUUUAAUCUGGUCUUGAAAUGUCGGUAAUAAGGAGUUGAGGGCAUUAUUACUGUUAUUCGUCGAAGUUUUAAUAAUCAACACUUGUGAUUAGAGGCAUUACGUCGUUUGAAAACACUUGUGAAAUGGACCUUGUCGAUCAUCAAGGAUAUUGCUUGUUCUAUCCGUGACUAGUUCAAGCUACGGGAACACAUUAAUGUCGGACAUCUGUUUAGCAAUGACGGAAGAGGGAACAUACGACACAUGGAUCUACUCUGGAUUGUUCCGUCGCGACUCGCCGGAGGACGAGGAAGAAGAAGUCCCCCUCCCAUCCAGACCCCAUGACAAGUGGCGACCGAUCCUGUUGAGGGAGGGAAGCACCAUGACCAUGUCAAGGUCACGUGACGAACCGGACCAAUCAGAGAUGCCCCCUAAUUCCACGUCAGCUGACGGCAGUCCAGACUCCCCUAAGGACGACAAAAAGGUCAUAAACCCGAUCCCUGUAGACCCCACCCCAGAGGAUCUUGUACUGGACCCUAACGGAAAAUGGGCGUAUUACUGGAUGGGUGUCGUUGCGUCCGCCGUCAUGUACAACUGUGCCGUCAUCAUCCUCAGAGUCGCCUUCCGGGAGCUCCGAGAACACUCAGUGUACCAGCGCAUCUUCUCAACCCUUGACAACAUCGGGGACGUCAUAUACCUCAUCGACAUCGGAGUUCAGGCCAGGACGGCCUUUCUACUCGAUGGCUGCUUGGUUCGGGAUCCUGAGCAGUUGUUUCGUCACUAUCGCGGGAAGACGAGGUUUCUGCUGGAUGUGUCGGCUAUACUUCCGUUCACCACAGCGUAUGGGAUGUUGACAGGUGUUCUUCAGCUACUACCCUUUAACGUCAUAUUUCACGAUGCCACUCACAUGGCUGCCCCUAUCAUGAGGAUAGCUCGCCUGCUCAAGUACCACACGCUUGCCAACUUCUUCCAAGCAACGGACAGCCACACCAGCAACCCCAAUCUACUCCGGGCCUUCAAGCUCUCUGUCCACCUGUGGAUGGUCAUCCAUUGGAUCGGAUGUAUCUACUAUAUGGCGUCAGAGUAUGAAGGCCUGGGCAGCAACGAGUGGGUGUACCCCGACGGCGAGGAAUACAGCGCCCUGGCACGGAAGUACAUCCGGUGUACGUACUGGUCAACCAUGACACUGACCACAAUUGGGGAGAGACCCUCACCUAUCACUGACCUGGAAUAUGUCUUCACUGGCUUGACGUUCCUCAUCGGCGUUUUCGUUUUCGCCGCCGUUGUUGGGAACGUCGGUGACGUCAUCAGCAACAUCCACGCUGCAAGACAGGAUUUCCAGGCACGAAUGGACCAGAUAAAGUUCUAUAUGCAGCACCGGCAUGUCCCCGAGCAUCUUCAGGACCGGGUGAAAAAAUGGGCGGACUAUACGUGGAACAGGACCAAGGCUAUAGACGAGCCCAGUGUGUUGCAACUUCUGCCAGAGAGACUGCGGACAGAGAUCGCCAUCCAUGUGCAUCUGGAGACACUAAAGAAGGUGAAGAUUUUCGAGGAGUGCGAGGAAGGACUGUUGAGGGAGCUGGUGCUGAAACUGCGGCCACAGAUCUACUCUCCGGGGGACUACAUCUGCCGCAUUGGAGAGAUAGGUCGUGAAAUGUACAUUCUGAACCAUGGAAGGGUAGAGAUCCUGGUCCCUAGCGCCGUGGCGGGCCAGAGGACUCAGGUGGCCAUCCUCACCCCGGGGAACUACUUCGGGGAGAUCAGCCUCCUCAAGUUGGACGACGGCCAGAACAGACGUACAGCGGACGUACGGGCUAUCGGCUACUCAGAGCUACUGUGUUUGUCCCGUCGAGAUCUCCUUUCGGCCCUUGUGGAGUACCCAAACGCAAAGGAAAUACUGGAGGCCCAGGCGAAGGAACGGAUGAUGCAGACAAAAGGGGUGCAGAAGUCGGACGCUGGCACCCGCAGGGCAAACACCACCCCCAAGAGGCGAGCACGUGACAUAUUUGCUGACGUCAUGAGACAAGAAGGGUUUGCUAAGCUCAUAUCUGCACGAGGUCAAGAAAUGAGCGAGCUGCACAAAGUCAUCGGCGAUAUGAAGACGGUUCUCACACAGGUUUCGCAGUGCAACAGUAAGGCGAAAUGCCAGUGUGAGGAAUAUCAGAGGAGGCUUCGUCAAAAAGACAAAUGUUUAAAGAAAGCCACAAGACGGGUGACGGAACUGGAAACCGUCUUGCGCAUCCGUCGAAGUUCUAGCUUACCAGUCUCCGUCCGGGAUCACGUCACACGACAGGACAGUACUCAGAGCGAUGACUCCUACGCGAGCCGGGGUCAGGAAUUCACGUGUCAGUGCUUGCACGACGUCCGGGAGUGCAAUAACGGAGUUAUGUCCCCCUUGAAAACUCGAGGAUCACAAGACAUUCUUUACCUCGGCCGAAGGGCUUCAAGGGGAACUUCUUUCGGAGACGGAUACCACAGAUGUCUCUUGAACCAAGAUAGUGUCUCAUCAAGUUCGUCUCAGUCUCACUCAAUGGACCUGCUGUCAGCAGAAGCGCAUCUCCAUGAGUGCAAUACCGACUCUGUUAAAAAUGGAAACUUUCACACAUGCGCACGGGAGAAUAACUCAAACGGAAGUAGUUCUCUUAGCCAUCCAGCCAAUCAGGAGCCACUUCCGCCUCCAAUAGAUCAGUACUUCCUGGAGGAACUAGACGCCGUGUUUGGAGAUUCCUCGUUGCUUUCGGUGUCGGAGUCAGGACUCAUCCUGAGCGACGUCAGCUCCAACAGCGACAACAGUUCCAUCGACGACAUCGACGACUUGUGAUACACAUCCCGCUCGUCGCCGCUUGCCACGCAGACACCGUGUUCGAGUAAUCCAUUGAAAUUAUAUGAUAUAUACUUUGAGAGACGACAUGGUCAAUGACACUUUGGAUGUCUAUAUGAACCAUCAUAUUCUAUUCAGAAUGAAGUAUCAAUUCAAAAGUUGUCAGACAGUUGUAUAGAACAUUGGAACGUGUUUGUGAUGUAAAUGUUUGUUACAGACUCGAUUAUUUACAGACCGUCGACAUAUAGCUGGAAUAUUGCUGAGUGCGGCGUUAAACAACAAACAAACAAAUGUUUGUAUUAUAUGAAUGCCAGUUUCAUGCCAUUAUACAAAUUUCCUACGCAAUAUCAUUCUGUGAUUUGACAUAAUGAACGGCAGACUUAUUUCAUUCACGCUAUGAGUGUCAUGAAGCCAAAGCAUAUACUGUGAUAUGUAUCCGUUUCAGAUAUACGAGAUUGUGUUGUUGACAAGAGUGUGUGUCAACGUGUGGCAACUAGAUGGCGGUGUAUGUUGAUGUACACGAUGAUUUACAAGGCACGUGCUCCACGCUUCUUAUAAUCUUGAUAUACGGUCCUAGACUCUUUUUCCAUAAUGCAUAUUUCGUGGAUUCAUGUUGACUUGUCAGCUGAUUCAAGCAGACGCAUUGUUGAUUAAUUUAGACUAGUCCGUUGUUUCAUAUAAAUUGUCGUAUUGACUAGUCCAUUAAUUCAUAUAGAGUUGUCCGUUGAUUCGAUUAGACUGAUCGUUGAAAAAAAUAUGAACUACUCAGUGGAUUCAUUUUGACUAGUCCAUGCAUUCAAAUUGACAUGUCCAUAUAUUCACAGAGUCCAUGGAUUCAAAGGAAUAGUAAAUUGAUUCAGAAAGACUAGUACUGGAAGAUUGGGGCUGCAAAUUGACGUCACCGGUCAACAAAUGUAUCCACUUUCGUCAAAAAGUCAGAAUCCAUCUCUUAAGGAUGCUAAAUCAGAUUUGAAUCUUUUUCCUAUUGCCUGUGUGUUACUUUGGAUUCUCUUACCGUAUCAAAUAAAAAUAUGAAGUUGGUAAUAGCUCUCCUUUAGCUAUAACCUAAGACAAGAGAUACGCAUGAUGGAAUAGAAGAAGUAACUGUUUUCCUUUUGCAUAAAACAAAGGAUUUUUAUGAAUGCUUAUGUCGAAUCAUGUGGGAAGUUGGUCGGUGCUGACUGAAGCUAGUCAAGCAUAAACCUAAGUAACAUGUCCGUGUCGCAGGGUACGGAGAUGAUUGAAAAGUUCUGAAUCUCAUACAGAGGGAAUUACGUAAAAGUGAAAUAUUUUGUUGUGGACAUGACGUCUUGGAGGUAUAGCCACAUAAAGUUACUUGAGUCAAAUAAGUAAAUUGUUUCUCUGUGACAAGUCGGUGAAAUAAGCAGGGCUCCGUGACCUUUAGGAAAUGGACAAACCUGAGGAACGUGCAAUUCCUUCCAUGCAAGGGGCGGAACUUAUCAAUCAACCCUCGUAUAACCAAAAAGGGGGAGGGACUUUAUGAAACAGGUCUACAAGUAUUAAUACAGAAGGAUUACUGUAUGGCAUUUUUAACUUCUAUACACAAUUACUCGAGAAUCGCUUGUUUGUUUUGUACACAUUGUAUUAUAUAUGUUUGUCGAUCUCAGAACGUUCAAUUACACAUUAUGUUCUA